AUGAGACAUCAACGAGGCUUAGGAACAGGUGCACGAAUAAAGAAAUCUUAUCUAUCUCUUGAGGUGGCUCCAUAUUGUUAUUUAAUUAUUUACGAAUGUUCUUUGGUAUAUAUAAACGGUCGAGAGAAGUUUCAUGUCGUAGUACUACAGCCUGCCAUCAAAGUGAUCACGGUGAGUUCACACAUGGAUCAUUAUAAAAUACCGUUUCAACUGUCUGAAAUUAUUUCUGCUAGAAAAUCCACUAGACUUGAACACAUCAGCGAAUUUCGCUCGAAUUUCUACGAUCGAAAAUGUAGUCUCGUGUUCAUCGUGCUUCACUUAUCGCGUCAAUUAACUUUGUUCGUAUUGCAGAUGAAAUUCGCAGUGGUACUAUUCGCGGCGUUCGUUGCGUUCGCAACGGUGAGCUCGCACACUCUCCCAGAUUUCGGCAAGGGACCUCUUCACGAGGAUAUCCAGUAUUUUUUGGACUUGAUCCCGGUUGACAAGAUCACUGGCGUCGUCCUGCAAUACGCAGCCGAGGAUGCCGAGUUCCAAAAUCUGCUCCUGUAUUUCAAAACGUCAGAUUUCAAAUCAAUGAUCGAUGAGAUCGAAGCUAUUCCCGAGUUCCACAAGUUCGCGGACUACCUACAGAACAACGGUGUCUAUAUCUACUCCGCGCUGAACAAGCUAAACAGGGUAAUCGGCCUGCCGCCGUUCCAUCAGUUCAGCAAUACGCAAAAAAUCACCGGUGGUCUGAAAGGUCUGUUCGAAGACGUGAAGGCGCUCGUCUCCUACGACAAAUUCAUCCAUGGUUACGUGUACAAGAUGAAAACGUCCGAAGCCUUCCGCGGCUUUGUAGCUGAACUGAAAUCCAACGGCAACCAACAAUUCGUGAACGCGCUCUACAAAAAUCAAAAGUUCCUGAACUUCCGUACAAAGCUGGUGCAGGGUGGCCUGGACAUCACCUUGAUCGAAGACGUUAUCUAUACAGUACUCGGCGUCGAGUUCCCUAACUUCAAUAAGCUCAAAAUGGAAACCUUCGCCUCCACUGAAUUAUCCAAAGAUAUUCAGGACUUCCUCAAACUG